AAAGGGUGCGGACGCGUCCCAGGAGUCCCUUGUUAGCUAGCCUGGAGAGAAGCGACCGGAGAUGUACUUCAUGUUCAAACGUCAGUCGUCAGUUGAUGGGGGGAACGCCGGAAGGGAAGGGCAGACAGUACAUCAGUGAUAUCUCAUUAACGACUGCAAUGCAGGUCGCCGGUCACAAAUGAAAAGAACGUAGGGGACGGGCGGCAGGGUCCGUUUGAAAGAAGGUUUUGACAGAUGCUCCUUCCUUCGAGAGGGGAGACGCCGGUAGCGGACUCAGGGAAGGGCGGGCCGGCGGCGUCGUGUCCAUCUCUCUUUUGGGAACGACUGUUUGAAGAGCGACGGCAAAAUUCGGACUUCGCGGCAGAGGGGAGGGCGGAGAAACCGAGAUAGAAUGGCGCCUAGUAAAUUGUGGUACUUCACGUGGGUAGGGACGGGAAUUCAGUUAUCAACUGCGGGAGAAAAUCAGAAUUCGGAGAAGAGAAUGGUGAAAAUUUAAAAAUAAUACAGAGUAAGGCAGUCAGAAGCAGGAAGAGAGAGAGAGAGAGAGAGAGUGGAGGGAGGGGUUAAGCGGACGGAGAGGGAAAGCAGAGGGACGGCGACGGACGGAGUCCUCCAUCAUCCAAAAUUAUUGUCCGUCCGUCAGUCUGGCGUCUUCUUCUUAUUCUUCUUCCUGUAGCUGAGUUUGACGUUGUUGGUCUCUUUGUUCCGUGAAUUCUUUGACUGCGUUCUACCGCCGGCAGAGUUCAUCUUGAUGAAUGUUUGGACACGUUUCGAGACGGAACAUGGUGAAGAAGGAGGCUGCGAGCUUGCUAGAGUUUUUAGGUUUCUGCUACGAAGGAUUUUCACUGUAGAGCUCUAGCUGAAAUGGGGGAGAGAAAUCGCGGUUUCCGGUGAUACAGUGCGGUCUUCCAACGCUUGUUUGGUUCUUUUCUGUGAAUACUCAGCUUGCAAGUGUUAGAACUGCCUAGUUCAUUUGCAAGCAAGAGCCAAUGCUCUUUUUCUGCUGCUGGCUUGGGGAACAUUGGACAGACAGAUGCUCGCAUUUUAGUUUGUGGUUCUGUUGAAUUUGAGAGGCUCUGCUACCACUUCUGUAGACGUUGUUGAAUUAAAUAUUGGUUCUUGUGCUUCCCAUUCCCGAGGUUGGUUACAUUGCACCUUGUUUUCUUCUGCUGCUAUUUGGAGGUUUCUUGUUUCCAUCCGCAAAUUUCGGUUCGAUCUUCGGGACAGAAAUUUACGAUGCUUCUUGGUUCAGAAGCACCUUUCUGGGUUCGAAGCUAGGAUUUCGGUGCAAGCUGUUCAUUCUCCUUCUGGCGGAGAAAUACCCCUCCCUGUUCCGCCGUAGCAAGAUUCUAAGUCUUCUGUAUAUCUUCCACAGUUCCACCUUCUUCGAAACAAGGCUGCAGGGGCAGCAAUCUGAAUUCUGUUUUGCUUUUCACAAUCUCCUGACUGGCUUCAUUUUAGUUUUAUCGAAGAGGAUCCUAUUUAUCGAGAACAGGAAAGGGCAUUGUCUUAACUAUUGCCGAAUAGUGAGGAUUUUUAGAGGCAUGAGCCCUUAUGGUGGAAAAGGGUGUGAUGAGGGAGCUAUUUCUUUUGCUUUCUUUCUUCUGACGAGUCCCUUUUGCUGCUCGCUUUUCUGCUCCACCAUUAAAAGAAAAAGGGCAGUCGUUUCCGCUGGAGGGCCUGAGGUUCGAGAGAGCUAAAUGACGUUUUUUUGAAGUGGAUUCGGCGGGAGGUUCUUAGAGCGGGAUCGUCGAGACAGUGCGAUGAGCACCAACCUGCAUUUGAGGCGCGGAAGGCAGGAGAAAGGGUUCGAUGUUGCGGAGAAGGUUGUGGUUGCUGUUAAGGCAUCUAAAGAGAUUCCAAAGACAGCACUUAUCUGGGCUCUCACUCAUGUUGUUCAGCCUGGGGACUGUAUAACUCUCUUGGUGGUGGUUCCGGCACAAAGUUCAGGUAAAAAGUUCUGGGGCUUCCCUAGGUUUGCUGGUGACUGUGCAAGCGGGCAUAAGAAGUCUUCUCAUCUGGGUACUACUGCAGAGCAUAAAAGUGAGAUUACAGAUUCAUGUUCUCAGAUGAUGCUGCAGCUACAAGAUGUUUAUGAUCCCAAUAAGAUAAACAUCAAGAUAAAGAUAGUCUCUGGGUCUCCCUGUGGUGCUGUGGCUGCUGAAACCAAGAGAGCGCAAGCAAACUGGGUCAUAUUGGACAAGCAGCUAAAGCAAGAAGAAAAACACUGUGUUGAGGAGCUGCAGUGUAAUAUUGUGGUUAUGAAACGAUCACAGCCAAAAGUUCUCCGCCUCAAUUUAGCUGGAUCCCCAAAAACAAAAGCCCAUUCCGCAUCUGCUUUGUCCUCUGAGCUGGAGAGCUCUGAGAUUACUUCCAAAAGUCUUUCCAAUCAAUCGAGUGCUUUAAGAGCGCCAGUGGUGACUCCGACAAGCACUCCAGAUGUUGGGACCUCAUUUACCACUACUGAAGCUGGGACGGGAAUUUCCUCAAUGUCAAGUUCAGAUCCUGGAACAUCUCCCUUUGCUACUGGACACAAGGGUGGUUUGUCCUUGAAAAAGGAAUUGGCGGCAAAUGGUGAUGAAGCAAGUGAAUCUGGAGAACCGGGAAUAUAUUCUGAUUCAGAAAGUGGUAGUUCAGGUCCAGUCUCAACAAGUUUAGAAUUCCAAUAUUGGACUUCUGGUCAUAGAUCCUCAUCAAAACGAGACAAGAGUUCAUAUUUUAACAAUACAACUACAACUGCCACAACAAAAGCACUCCUUGAGAAAAUAUCAAAUAUGGAAAUUGGUUCUGCUGGGAAGACAAAUUAUCAGACAGAUUCAACUUUAUCAACUAAUGUUAGAGAAGCAAUUUCUUUGUCAAGAAAUGCUCCUCCAGGCCCUCCUCCACUUUGCUCAAUAUGUCAACACAAAGCACCGGUGUUUGGAAAACCUCCUAGGUCGUUCAGCUACGCAGAACUGGAGCUUGCAACUGGUGGGUUUUCACAUGCAAAUUUUCUAGCAGAAGGCGGAUUUGGCUCUGUUUACCGAGGAAUUUUGCCUGAUGGACAAGCCAUUGCUGUCAAGCAGCACAAACUGGCAAGCUUCCAAGGGGAUCUGGAGUUCUGCUCUGAGGUAGAAGUUCUUAGCUGUGCACAACACCGAAAUGUUGUGAUGCUGAUUGGCUUCUGUAUAGAGAACAGGAGAAGAUUGUUGGUUUAUGAGUAUAUCUGCAAUAGGUCGCUGGAUUACCAUCUCUAUGGGGAUAGCAAAGAGCCAUUGGAAUGGCCUGCUCGACAAAAGAUUGCAAUUGGUGCUGCUCGAGGAUUGCGGUAUCUACAUGAAGAAUGUAGAGUUGGCUGCAUAGUUCAUCGUGAUAUGAGGCCAAACAACAUUCUUAUCACCCACGAUUUUGAACCUUUGGUAGGUGAUUUUGGCUUGGCAAGAUGGCAGCCGGAUGGUGAUCGAGGAGUGCAUACGCGAGUAAUAGGGACCUUUGGGUACCUAGCGCCAGAGUAUGCCCAGAGUGGCCAAAUUACGGAGAAGGCAGAUGUAUACUCAUUUGGAGUUGUUUUAAUGGAACUUGUUACAGGGCGGAAAGCUGUUGACAUACAUCGCCCCAAAGGCCAACAGUGCCUCACAGAAUGGGUAACAGAUCUAGCGCGCCCUUUGUUAGACGAACAAGCUAUUGACGAAUUAGUGGACCCAAGAUUGGGAAGCCGAUUUUCAGAACAUGAAGUCCUUUGUAUGUUGCAUGCUGCAUCACUGUGCAUCCAGAGGGAUCUACAUUCAAGACCUCGUAUGUCUCAGGUUCUCCGAAUUUUAGAGGGCGAUGUGAUGAUGGAGGCUGGUUUUCUGCCACUGCAAUCCUUGGAUCCGUUGCCCAUUGAAAGGGGAAGCAGAAGGAUGCGGGACGAGCAACAGCAACAGCAGAACAGUGGACCGAUCAUGGAGGAGACUACUUCAGCAUCUGGCGUGGACAUGUCAUACAGGUCUCUCAGAACUUUUUACUGGGAUCAUGAGUAGAUGAGGCGCGUCUCGUGUGACGAUCUUUAAAGCCCGACUGAAGUGAAGCUUGAAUGCCCUGCGGAGCCCGAGUCUUCUUCACGUCAUUUGGCUGCUUGGUUUGACCUCCGACCUCUCGUAAAGGCCUGAGGUUAGCUUCAGUUAUCGACUUUGGUGAAUUAGUCCCAAUUUUGCUCCAUAUAUUUUCCAUGUACAGCGUGAUUAAGCCGAAGUGCUAAUGAGCAGUAUCUAUUUUAGGACUC